UUAACUAUUUAACUAAAAAUUUUUAAAGCAAAUACUUUUAGAAAUUGACGAAGAACCUUUAUUUGUAAAUGUUAUGUCUUAUCUUUUAAAAUUUGAUCACAAACACAUUUGUUUGAAUUAAGAUUAUCAGCUCUAUUAAAGGCAAAAUCAAAUUUUGCGAUUACGCCUUUGUAGCGGUAAAGCUAUGGCAUCCUCUAAAGACCUUGACAUGGAAAUAAUCGAUGAUUAUAACGCAGUACGAUUAUUAAUAAAUAUGUAUCUAAUUAAAAAAAUAAAGAGUAGAAGCAGACCCGUAAAUCUAGAAAGAUUUCUUGACAACGUUCGCAAGGAAUUCAAAAACAGGGACUACAAUUACCCUCGAAAGAGAAUACUGUAUACCUGGAAACACCUCUUAGAUAAUUAUCAGUAUUACAAGGAAAAGUACACAGAUGAGGAAGCCAAAGCAGAAUGGACUUAUUUCAGUUUAAUGGAUAAUUGUUUUGAUGACUUUAAGCAACCUACCUCUGAAAAAUUCAAAGAAUCCAGAUGGAUGUUCUUCUUGAUCGAAUCCUUAAGUAGAUACAAAACGAUAAUCUUAAAACAAGGACUCACCAUGGACGUAUUGGAAGAGGUAGAAGAUGACUUUCAAAGAGCACAGAAUUACGGCAUCACUCAGAAAGAUAUAUAUAAUCAGUGGGUAUCUCUGAAAAGGUUUUACAGACAAAAUCAAAAGACUGGGUACUAUAAGUCGCUUGCGAAAAACCAUGCGUACUUUGCAGCAUUGAAAGCAUUCUUUGAACCAGAAGAAUCGGUUGAUCGUUCAGAGGAAUUUAAUCCAGCAGCAAAUGUAAGCGAAAACGAACUUGCUUGUGCUAUAGAAUCCGUUAUGGAACAGAUUACAGAAACGAAAAAACGGAAGAUUGACUCUGAAGUUCCAUCCAAAUUACAUAUCGAUGUGUUGCCUAAAGAAACUGCAACAGACAGCGUGCUUGGCGGUACUACUGUACCGUUCACUAUUGUAAUGCAUGACAUUUUGUUACAGUGUUUUAAAAGGCAUAAAACAAAAAUACAAAGUCUUAAUGGAAGUCUGGACGAAGAUAUUUUAAACGAGGGUUUAGAGGAGUUCCAGAAACUGGGCUACAAUGUCACACGACAAGAGAUUUCUAACGAAUGGAACGAUUUAUCCUGCAGAUACGAACUGAUAAAGAACACAGAACAUCCCGAAAAAUGGCCGUACUACAGUGAUAUGAGUUACAUUUAUAACACGAAGGAUGCGAUUGAGGAAAGCUUAUUUGACGAGCAAGAUAAUCAAAGUACCAUCGGAAGCAUAAUAGUGGAAAGCGUAAGGAAAAACCAUUAUCUAAAACGUGAGGAUUAUGCAGUGCUGACCGAGAGGUUGUUGAAUAUUUAUGAGUCGAAUAGUAAGGAGUUUUUGGAAAUAAAGGACAUUCUGGUUGAAAGAAAUUUACUUAGAGAAGAGACAAAUUAUUUAUUAAGUAUGUUUGUUGGAAAAAAGUCCAGGACAAAAAAUUUACCUGAAUAGAAGUAAAAAACUGUUCACUUAUGUUAAGAAUAUUUAAACCUAGGUUAUUUUACGUGUGUAUAGUUGUAAAUGUUUCUUGAAUAAAAGUAUAUUUCCACAA